UGUUAACAAUUUGAAAAUUUAUAACAUUGUGGUGAAUUUUUGUGUGAAUGGUUGCCAUUCGCAAAAAACAAACUAUUUGGAACGUUCUUGUGUAAAAAAAACAAGCGAGUAAUAAAUUGGGCAAUUUAAAUUUGUUUAAGUAAUAUUGUGUUGACUUUGGUAUUUGUUUGGACAUAGUAGAUAUGCCGUCAAAAAAGAAAAAGUACAAUGCACGAUUUCCAGCGGGCCGCAUCAAGAAAAUCAUGCAGAGUGAUGAGGAAAUUGGGAAGGUUGCGCAGGCGGUUCCAGUUAUAAUCUCAAGGACUUUGGAGCUCUUUGUGGAGUCCCUAUUGACAAAGACGUUGCGUAUAACGAAUGGGCGCAAUGCAAAAACCCUAUCGCCAUCCCAUAUGAAGCAGUGCAUCAUGUCCGAGCAACGAUUCGAUUUCUUGAAAGAGCUUGUCAGAAAUAUACCAGAUAUCAGUGUCGCCGAGGAAGCUGCAUGCAAUUAUAAUGAUGACGACGUGCACAGCUCGGAGGAUCAAUAUCCAGAUUCAGAUACUCCAUAUGACCUAAGCCUGCCAUCAACAUCGAUACGAGGAUUGCCCAACGGCAAUAGUAGUACAUAUGUGCGAUCCGUAAGCCUAAACGGAGUUGGCCUAAAGCGUAACCAUAAUCCACCACCAGCGACACCGUCACCGUCAGUUAUAAUGCAGACGGCAGCCGCCUUGGCACAGAUGCAACAACAACUACAACAACAACAACAACAAAAAACUGGGCAUUUGCCAGCGAAGUUAGCACGCUCCGAAUCAACGCCUGCAUAUACUCCGCGCGGCAGACCGCCCAACAACAACAACCAUAAUAAUAAUAACAAUAACAACAACAAUGCCCACUACAGUAGUAGUAGUAGACAAACCCAUGAAACUGCCAUACCUGCAGCAAUCUGCAGCUUCGAUAUGCUGAGUAAGCCUAUAGUCAAGAUUGACUAUAGCAACGUGCAAAUGCCAAUUUCAACAGACACUGAUGCCGGAAGCACAGCGAAUGAGGCAUUCAACUUUGAUAUUGCAGCCCCAGUUAUAAACAUUGAUCUUACAAAUAUUGUAUCAGCUGGAACGGCGUCCACACCCACACCGACAAAGAUCUGUUAUGGAGAUAAUACCAGCAUCGUUGGUAAUAAUAACUCAAUCUCUAAAUUAGCAUCGUCUGUCAACUGCAUCGAUGGAAAUAACAAAAUUCCAAUCAUUCCAAAGGCCACAUCGGCACCACCAGCACCAAUAACUGAAUCGCUAUUUGAAUUAGACGAAGACUAUGACAACAUUUAAGUAGAAUUGUAUAAAUGCGCUUAUAAAUAAUUAUAAUGCAUUAAUACGACUAUGUACGAUUACUUUAGAUUUAAGUAAGCACAAUAAAUAUUUUGGAAAAUGAAGA